AUGUCGACAGUGCUCUCCAGCUCGUCCUACUGUAUCCCAUUAUCACAAUCAUCACCUACUCAUCCUUUUCGCUCACUUGUCCAGCUUCCCCAAUCCAGCGACAUGCAACGUAAUUAUGCCUUUGCCACGUUGCCUAGUUACCAGCGGUACACUCGCAGAGAAACCAUUAAAACAGACGUCACCAAGGAUACCACGGCUUAUGCCAAUAUCAGACAGAAAAUCAGUUCUACUAGUCUUACCGUUCCUUACGAGAAAGGACUGGACACUCUGAAAGCGCUGCAACGUUCAAAUGAUACCUCAUCGGCAGAACUUGGAUCCAUUUUAAAACUUCAAAAACGAAGGACGGAAACCAUCACGUGCAACAGAAUUUCGGCUAAACAGAUUAUUAAUGAUGUGCUUACUUCUGGAAGACAAUCGCCACGAACCCGGUUAGGGUCGGAAGGUGGUUCGUCUGUGCGGAGUACAGAAUCAAAACUAUCCAAGGUCAAGGUCAUAAGAGCACGACCUCCGUACCGAAAAGACAGACUAGAGUCUGAAACGAGUAGUAAUGCCUCGAGAAGUAGACCUACUUCUUAUACAAGCUGGUAUACGGACGAGUCUUUAUGGGGUGACAAGUUAGAUGAAAUCAAAGAACGGUAUGCCGAUAACAGCGAUUUCAUAACGUCUAUGCGUCGUGAUAAAGGUGAUGGCAAGAGUGACAACAGAAGUGAGGUCAGUGAAGCGGAUCUCACUCCGCGACUGGACGUCAAAAGCAUCUCACCAAAUAACACUAAAAUGAAACAUUCAAAUAAGAAAAAUCUGAAAUUAAAGAAAGCAGUGUUUUUACCAACGAUUCCAAUACACGACGAGGAACAGCGAAAUAGAGAUGGAAGUUUGUCAAGUCAUACAACAGAAAGCAGUAGGUCCGUUCACGGGAAUGUAAACUUCUUUUGCAGAGAAAGUACUAAUAAUGUUUACAUACCAAAAAGGAGAAAAGUUGAAUUUAAUCUAAAGCCAAAACGACCGGUGCGAUUACCACCUAUUCCGGCGAAGAGGGAAACAAACGUUUAUAAAAAGCCCAAAUCCAUUUUGAAAAAAUGCGACGAUGUUUUCGACGAUCUGCCGCCAUCACGUUCGCCCUCUCCAACGUUCAGGGAAACGGAAGAGGGGAACGUAGUAUCAAGCUGGCAGGUUCAUCUCCCUCGUCUGACGUCACCAGUACCAAGUGCUCGUAGACAAGCCAUGUCUUUUCACAGACAAAGUAUCAAAGUGAAAUGUAGUAAAGAAUUCGAGACUGUCGCGAGUGAUAUCAAAUCAGACAGGAAUGAAACGUAA